GUAUUUUUAUCUCUUAUGUCAAAAAUAUUGAUAUUUGAAAAAUGCAUGUUUCGUUCAGGAUGUUUCACAUUUGAAUGAAAUAAAGAUUUACCAUAACAAGAUAUGGAUCGGACAUCAAUUUGAUUCAUGUUAUUUAUGAGGAUUGCUCUAAAAGAACACCACUCAUGACUGUUAUUCAGCUUUUGACAAUAUGUGUUGGGUUAUUUUUUGCCCAGGGAAUUCAAGGAACAGAAUUGGAUUACUCUGGAACUACAGAUAAAGGUCUCGAAGAAUAUGACACCAAACUUUCCAACUUCCUGAUAGAGAUCCUGGAGAAUUUCCGGGAUCAAAUGCCUUUUGGGAUUCCGGACAUAGGCGUCCCAGCCGUAGAUCCUCUCGUCAUACCCAACAUUGACGAAAAGAUCAACGAGAAGGUCGCUCAGCUGGAAUUUCGAAUGAGGGAACUCAACAUCACGGGCAUCUCAAAAUUUCGUCUCCAGAGUUUGAAAGCGGAUUUGGUGAGGGGCUUCGCCAAUAUAAGUAUAACACUGCCAGAAAUGGAAGCCGAUGGACACUGUUACAUGAACGGAAAGGUCCUCAAUAUAUUUCCCAUUAACAGUGAUGGACCUUUCUUCAUACAGGUUAAACAGGUACAGAUUUCAGGUUACGGAGAUUUAAAUGUAACGAUGGGGGAACACACUCGCAUCCACAUGAACGACUUGAACCUACACUUAACAUUCGAUUCCCUGAAAAUCGAAUUUCAGAGCCUUUUGGGUGGCGGAAGAUGGACGAAAAUGCUUUUGAAACUGGUGUCUGGACUGGGACCGAAGUUGUUCAUCCAUUUCCACGAAGAGGCAAUGACCGAAUUGAACAAAGCAUUACUCAAACUUAUCAAUAAGGAAUUGGACAAGGGGACACUCUCUGAGCUCUUGGAUCUCAUACCAUCGUAGUUUGUCAAAACUCUGUAUGAUUAAUAUUCAAAUAUCUGUGCAAAACCUGUAUCCUUCAUGUAUAAGUACCUGCAUAAUAAUUAGUUUUAACCUGUGAAAACUAAUAAUAAUAACCUGUAGAACUAACUAUUGUAUAACUAAUUUAUAUUAUGAAUAAAAAUAUCC